CAACCGGAUAUGAAGCAAAUUACAAUUUCCCUUCCACACGUGUGUAGGGAUGUGAAGCUGGUCAAGUUUAGCUUAUUCUGCUAAAACUAUAAAUAUCUUACACUUGUUAUAAAGAUUUUUCCCUCAAACAUUGAAAUGGCUGAUAUUGUGCAACAGCGAAUAGAGGACAGAAUUCCUGCGCUUGAGCAGCUGGAGAGAGUCGGUCUGUUCACCAAUAAAGAAGUCAAAUCCAUGCUGAAAAGAUCCACUGCUUUGGAAUACAAGCUGCACCGAGCUGUUCCGAGUAAAGACGACUUUAUUGCAUACAUACAGUAUGAAAUAAAUGUCCUGGAGCUCAUCAAGAAGAGGAGAUCAAGAAUUGGCUACCAUUUUAAACGGGAGGAAAUCGAGUUUCCCGUCAUUCAUCGCAUAAACAAUGUUUUCAGAAGGGCUACAACAAAAUGGCAGGAGGAUGUACAGCUCUGGCUUUCUAUGGUUGCCUUUAAUAAGAAAUGGGGUACAAAGACUCAGCUUAGUAAGGUUUUGUCAUCUAUGUUAGCUAUCCAUCCUGACAAACCAGCUCUGUGGAUAAUGGCUGCUAAGUGUGAGUUGGAAGACAGGAACUCUUCAGAGAGUGCCCGUCAUCUUUUCCUACGUGCCUUGCGCUUUCAUCCUGAAAAUAAGAAAGUCUACCAGGAGUAUUUCCGGAUGGAGCUUAUGCAUGCUGAGAAACUGAGGAAACAGCAGCAGGAGUUGGAACAAGCUAAAAUAGAUGUGAGGGAAUAUGAGUUUUCUCCAGAGAUCUUGAGCGGUAAACUGGCUGAGGUGGUGUAUAGAGAUGCUACACAAAAAAUUAAAGGGGCUGCAUUUGUCUUGUCACUGCUACAGAUUGCUGCUAUCUUUGACUUCACGAAGGAGCUACAGGACACCAUACUGCAAGAGCUGCAGAGUCAGUAUAAUGAAGACUGUCUGAUGUGGGAUUUCAUCGCUAAGCGAGAAAUGGAUGCUGCAGUGGCCCCUGAGCUCCAGUCAGCGAGAGGAAGGGCCUCGGAUACAGACCGCAGAGAAGAGCGCUGCUGUGUCGUUUAUGAAGAGGCUCUAAAGAACCUUAAUACCGAGGCCAUGUGGACGUGCUAUGUCACAUUCUGUCUUGAGAGAUCUAAGAGGAAGACAAAUGUCACUGAACUUCAAGAGAAGAGAAAAGAACGGUUACUCCGAGUCUUACAGAGUGCUCAUGAUGCCAGGCUUCUUCAAGAGACAUUCUACAAGAGCUGGUUACAGGUCCUGCUGUCAGCAGGGGAUAAAGUAUCUGCUACGCAGAUCGCCAUCACAGCCAUCCAGCGCUUCAGCCAAUCAGUGGAGAUGUGGAACCUCAGCCUGCAGACAUUGGUCCAUCUUGAAAGUGCAGAGGCGGGACAUCUAUUCCAGGAAGCUCUGAAACAUGUGAAUCCCAAGGAAACUCUGCCCAUAUGGCAGCUGCAGGCAGAUUGGAGCGUGACUUCACAGACACCAGAGGAAACAGAGGCCUUUUUUCAGAAAGGGCUUUUGUCUCCAGUUCCUGCAGUAUCAUCUUCCAUGAAGGAAAAAUACCUUGAAUGGUCAUAUAAAACUGGUGGCUACAAAAGGGCCAGAAAAACAUUUAUAAGCUUACAUGAACACAGACCUUUCACCAAGUUAUUCUUCAUGAAGAUGGUUCAGAUUGAAAAAGAGCAGGAGACCCCAAAAAUGAGUAACCUCAGAGAUUAUUACGAGCGUGCACUUCGUGAGUUCGGCUCCUCAGAUGAAGAUCUCUGGAUGGACUACAUCAAGGAAGAGUUGGGCAGGUACGGAAACCCAGAGAACUGCGGGAAGCUCCACUGGAGGGCUGUUAAGACCUUGGAGGGUGAAAGUGUUGAGCAUUUCACAACCAAGUAUACGCUGCUGCAGACAGGGCAUAUCUAGGACCAGCGUGAACCUUCCAACAUAUUGCUCUGUAUUGUUCAUAUAUGGAGUACAAAGUGGCUGAUAGUUUUAGGGAUUUCUCUUUCAAAAGCCAAAUUCCUAUGUUGUAACCGUAAAGGAACUUAAUGUUUUGCCUUUUGAAAUGUUGGUGUACACACAUUUGUUCUUUCCUGUUAUUCCAAAAAUAAAAAUUUUAUGACAUUGUUAUUAUCAUAAAAUGUUAAAUAAAUGCUUGCUUUGUAUUUGUGCAGGAAGUUGCUUACACCAGCGCACCCCUAAAAAAAAGUUAAAUAAAACUAACAAGACAAGUAAAUGUGAAAUUCCAGAGUAUGUAAUCAGUAGUAGGUAACGGUGAUUCACAGUCAGAAUGCACUGACCUGCAUGGUCUUAAUGUUUUGAAGAAACAUGAAAUGCUAGUACUAUACCUUAUAAAGCUAGACAUUAGUUUUCCUAUUACAGAGCAGGUAUAUUUUAACUAGCUGUGCAGCGGAAAUUAUUAUUUUUUUUUUGGGUGGCUGGUUACUGAGAUUGAGUAGUAUUUGACU